GUCUGUUGAGUAAAACAGGAAAUACAAUGAAGUCAAAGUUUGACUCAGUGGCAGCAGGGUGUUCUCUCACCCCUGGCGACAUUCUGCAGGUUGAUGCACCUCCAACUCUGGGCUGCUCCAAGCUCCUCUUCAUUGAGUGUCUGCCUUGGGAUGGUGUCAGAAGGCAGAGUGUGCAGGCUCUUGGUAACGGACUGAAGAGGUGUCUGGACUUCUGUGUGCAGCAGAGCUGGUGUUCAGUGGCCUUCCCAGUUAUUGGACCUGGAACUGUGUUAAAAUACCCACUAAGAGAAGCCAUUCAAGUGCUGACUGACAAGAUUCAUGAGUUUGGACUAUCUGCAUCCUUUGGGUCUCUCUCCAACAUCCAUGUCGUCAUUAAACCUGGCUAUCCUGACUCUGAGGAGUGCUACCAUGAUGUCUACACAAACCUCAGCUUAAAUAUGAACCAGGGAGGCCAAGCAAUCUUCAGGUCCCUCACCAGUGACCUGGAUGACAUCACCAUGACAGUGGGCAGUGGGGCUAAACUACAGCUGGUGUUUGGUGACAUCACCAAUGAGAUUACAGAUGCCAUUGUGAACACGACCAACUUUGCUAAUCUUGACACUGAUGGCGUGUGCAAAGACAUCUUGACCAUAGCUGGACCAGAGGUGGUGACUAAAGUGAAAGCAGCAAAAGUGAAGAAAGGAGAGGUUUUCAAAACCCCACCUGGAUCAUUCCCCUGUAAAGCCAUUUUACAUGUGUGUGGAGAAAAGGAUUCAGUCAUCAUUGAACAACUAGUGUGUCGCAUAAUUCAAGACUGUGAAAAUUUUAAAUACAAGUCUGUGGCCAUUCCUGCCAUCUGUGCUGGAGUUGGUGGGAUGGACCCUGGUGUCGUGGCUCGAGCCAUCCUCCGAGGGGUCAGAACUGCCACAUUGUCCACUCCCCUUCACAGUCUCACUGACAUCCGCCUUGUCCUGAUUAAGAUCAAUGUCUUUUUGGCAUUUAAAGUGGAGGCAAUGCAGGUGUUCUCCACUGCUGUAAUAAAUAGAGUGUCAAUACCUCAUUUGCCUCAAGUUCAACAGCAACAGCCACCACCAUUGGAGAAUACAGACCUAAGCCUCCUCCAUACAAGCUCCACAAAUCAGCAGUCUGUCUUCAGGUUCCUGGGUCUUGGCAGAAAGGAGGUCGAUGAUGCCAUGAAGAAGCUGAAAGAUCUGUAUAACAGUCAGUGCUCCACACAAACCUUCACAAGGGAGCAGCUGGAAGGUCUCACCCAAAACAACAUAGAUGACAUGAAGCAGUUUGUGGAGAGGGAGGGUCUGUUCAUUCAGAGAGACCAGUUUGACCAGGGCAGGUUAAACGUGACUGGGUUAAAAGAUGGAGUCAACAAAGUAAUGCAGAUGAUUAACGCAUCUCUGCAUGGCUCCCUUAGUAGAGAGAAGAGAAUCAGGGGCGAGGAGGAUUUGUACAGCCGUGUAUCGUGGUGCAUCCAGGGACCUAAUGGCAACUGGGAGAGGCUCCCCAAAACAGCCAAUCACAAGCUGGAAAAAGGUGAUAUAGCAGGAGGGAUAGUGAAUGCACAGGGAAUCUCAUGGAGUGUGGAUCUACAUAUGAUGGAGGCCCAAAAACUAGCAACUGGAGACAAGGAGAAGGUGAAACUGAAACGACUGGAGAAUCUCCCAGACUUCACUCUCCCUGUGUACUGGGACAACAUGGCUGCUGAUGAGCCUAUCAAGGUGGUCACUCUGCAGCGUUCCUCGGCAGAGUACAAGAGGGUGAAGGAGGUCUUCAAACGAACUGUCCACAAGACUGUAAUGAAGAUUGAGCGUUUGCAGAAUAUCCACCUGCGUCGUGCCUAUGAGGUGCGGAAGAAGCAUAUUUCUGAUAAGAACACACAACAGGGCGGAGCAAAUGAAAGGCUCCUGUACCAUGGCACGACCCAGGACAACUGUGACUCCAUUAUGAAAACUGGGUUCAACAGGAGCUUUGCUGGUCAAAAUGCAACUGUAUAUGGUCAGGGAACCUACUUUGCUGUAAAUGCCAGCUACUCGGCCAACCCCACCUACUCCAAGCCAGCUGCUGAUGGUUCUCAGUUAAUGUUCGUGGUUCGAGUACUGAUUGGCGUCUUCACUGUGGGCAACAGAAACAUGAAGGUGCCUCCUCCCCUCGAUAACCAGCAGCCCCAUGACCGCUAUGACAGUCUUGUGGACAAAAUGGACAAUCCCAGCAUGUAUGUUGUGUUUCAUGAUAACCAAGCGUACCCAGACUACCUCAUCACUUUCAUGUGACUGUGAGGGAAAGCGAUGUAUUUUCCACUGUGCAAGACCAUAAGUGUGGAAAAAUACAAGAAAGGUUUUAAGAAUAAUAUAAAAUGGUUAUGAUUUCACACAAGAAUACACAGUUAUAUACAGUGGUGUGGAGUAACUAGUUACAUGUAACUAGUUACUGUAAUUAAAUAUCAUUGUAAUCAGUUACUGAGAAAAAUACGUAAUGAAAUUACAGUUACUAAUGAAAAUAUUGAUGAUUACAAAGUGGUUACAUUUGACUAUAUUAUUUUUGGUAAGAUAUGUAUGCGUUUAUAUAUGUGUUUAUAUAUGCAUUUAUAUAUACUGUAACACUGAUUCUGUCACCUUCCUUUGGCAUAUUUCCAGACAAGGCAGGUCAGCAAAGCCGUUGGGACAAAUAACACCAUCAUGGGUAGCAUGGCUCGCAAGGAGCUGUCUUUAUAUCGAGAUAGGCUCCACUCAUUUGACAGUGUGCAUUACAUUUUUAACACUACUUCUGAUUGGUUCUCUUGCUUGACUUUGGACCGCCUCUUGUCUGACAAUCAAAUCAACGCACAUUGCUCUAAGCAACCCGACUACCAUGUCUGGCUGCGACCAACUGACAACGCCAAGGCAGGUGGUUGUGGUCAGACAAGAACGCUUUUCAGUGCUGAAAUUUCAACAGUAUUUUCUUUCUGAAAUCAGAAAAAAAGGUUUUGCCUGGUGCCUGUUCAUGUCUAACCAGUAAAAUAUUAUGUAACUGAAGUUGUAUUGAUGAACAGUACACUAUCACAGGUCCUUCCUGCUGCUGUCAGGCUGUACAGCCAACACUGUUCCCAGCGAGUGCUCAGCAGAUCAUUGUGCAAUAUUAGUUCUACUUUUUAUUAUUACAUUUACAUUGUUUUUAUUAAGAAUACACUGUAUUUCUUUUUAUUCUUAACACUGUUUCUAUUCCUCUGCUGCUGUAGCUUUGUGAAUUACUCUGUUGUGGGACCAGUACUGUUGAGGUUUACACUACCUGGUUUAAAUUUAUGUUAGAAGUUUUAAUUUUUUAGAAAAUUAAUCAUAAAGUAAUUAAAGUGAUACAUAACUUUAACGCAAUUAAAAUAAAUUAAAUGAAAGCUGCUGUGGGUUCCUUCUCUGCCAUAGCUCGCUAGCUUUAACUCUAAAACAGAACAGUAACACAUUUACCUGCAACUGCAACACCUUGUGGGAGACGCUUGGCUCGUGCACUGAGUGCAAGGGCAGAGCGCACACAAGUAGGAGGUUAGGUUGACAGGCAGGUAGUCCAUCCAGUGGUUUUGCUUUGGACAAGUAAAAUUACUGGGCAGGCUUUUUUCAGCCCUGCUGCUGCUACAGAUGAUGGAUUCUUUUCUUUAUGUUGUCAUUGCACUUAAUGUGUUCAUUACCACCGGGAUGAAAACAGAAAUUCAAGAAAUGUAACAAAAAAAUGCUUCAGGAAGGAUUCACCGACCCUACCUUUAACAUGUCCAAGUCACAGCUUGGGUAUUUGCAGGCUAAUUACUCUGCAAAUGAAAAUGG